AUGAGUAAUGACGAUUCUGCUGCUGAUGGACCAGGUAAACUUUUGGCGUACGAAUUUUUUCCAACUGACGGAAGGAUUCGUUUUGAUCCGGGAGAAACAUGGACGCAGAAAUAUGACAAUAAUGAUGCAAAUUUUCGCCUUGUAGCGACUCAUGAAAUAGGUCAUGCUCUUGGACUAGAACAUUCUAGUGACCAAUCAUCAAUAAUGGCGCCAUACUAUAAGCUCAUGCAACCAGAAGCUCUUCUUCCCGAAGAUGUACGAUAUGUUAUUGUUCAUGUUUCAGGAGGUCAAAAAUUAUUGUUUGCUGGUACAAAUGAUCCAGCUGCACUUAUGGAACUUACCUCAAUCGGAUUACCAACAAAUCAAACAGCCAAAAUUAGUAAAGAAAUUAUGAGUCUUUUUGAAGAAAAACUUAAUAUUAGUGCAGAUCGAAUGUAUUUGAAAUUUACAAACGUAACUGGCAAUAUGAUGGGUUGGAAUAAAGGAACAUUCUAA